CCGGUCUGGAAACACUCACACACACACACACACACACACACACAUACACAUACAACACGGGGGACGGCAAGUUUAAGAGAAACUUGGGCCAGGCAACUUCUUCCACAACAGUCUGAACACACAAAGCCGCACAGAGGUGCCGUCCAGUCCAGCAGCCAGAACGGAGGCGAGAUGAUGCGAGCCAAAGCCAAGCAGUACGCGGUGACCAGGCCGCUGUACUCCGAGGAGAGCUUCGCCGAGGAGCACGAGAGGGUCUACCGCCACCGCAAAACCAUCCUGGACCAUGUGAAGCAGUACUUCACGUGCAACUCCAAACGGGCGAAGAACACCGUGCUCUCCCUCCUGCCCGUCAUCGGCUGGAUGAGAGUGUACAGAGUUAAGGAGUGGCUGCUGAGCGACAUCGUGUCGGGGGUCAGCACGGGGCUGGUGGCCGUCCUGCAAGGUUUGGCGUACUGCCUGCUGGCCUCCCUUCCUCCCUGGUACGGACUCUUCUCCGCUUUCUUCCCUGUGGUCAUUUACUUCUUCCUGGGAACCUCCAGACACAUCUCAGUGGGUCCAUUCCCGGUGCUGUGUCUGAUGAUUGGCUCAGUGGUGACCCGGCUGGUUCCUGACGAGGGCCCCCCUGUUAACAUCACAGGGUUCGAGGGCCUGACGAGGGAUGAGCAGAGAGUGGUGGUGGCCUCCUCCGUGACCUUUCUUGCCGGUAUCAUGCAGCUGGCCAUGGGCAUUUUUCAGGUGGGUUUUGUCGUCAUGUACCUGUCCGACACGCUGGUGUCCAGCUUCUCGACGGCGGCCGCAGUGCACAUCCUGGUGUCCCAGCUCAAGUUCGUGUUGGGGCUGGUCGUGCCGGGAAUCAGCGGACCACUUUCUAUCAUAUACACUCUGGAUAAGAUCUUUGUGCAGAUCACCUCCACCAACAUCUGUGACCUGGUGAUGUCCAUCAUCAUCAUGACGGUGGUGUUCAUCGUGAAGGAGAUAAACGACACAUACAAAGCCAAGCUGCCGGUGCCCAUCCCCAUAGAGGUCAUCACGACUGUCAUUGCAUGUGGGAUUUCCUAUGCUUUCGACUUCAAGACAAAGUUUAAAGUCGAUGUUGUCGGCCACAUACCGUUGGGUUAUGAAACGCCCGUGGCCCCAAACACGCAAAUCUUCCAGGAGACGGCAGUGGAGGCCUUUCCUAUGGCCAUUGUGGGUUUUGCUGUGGCGUUCUCUGUGGCGAAGGUCUACUCCAUCAAGCACGAUUACACCAUCGACGGAAACCAGGAGCUGAUAGCUUUUGGAGUCAGCAACAUCUUCGGAGCCUCUUUUAAGUCGUUUGCAGCGAGUACCGCUCUCUCCAGGAGCGCCGUGCAAGAGAGCACAGGUGGCAAGACCCAGGUGUCUGGUCUCCUGUCAGCAUUAAUAGUGAUGGUUGUAACUCUGUCACUGGGAUUCUUACUGGAGCCCCUUCCAAAGUCGGUGCUGGGCGCUGUGGUCAUGGUGAACCUGAAGGGCAUGCUGAUGCAGUUCAGGGAUGUCCCGUACCUUUGGAGGAGAGACAAACCGGACUGUGUGGUGUGGGUGGUGACCUGUGUGGCGGCCAUCUUGCUGGGUUUGGAUCUGGGCCUGGCCGUCGGCCUCGGGGUGGAGCUGUUCACCGUCGUCUUCAGGACUCAGUUCCCCCGAUGCAGUGUCCUGGCCAAUAUCAGAGGAACGGAGCUAUACAAAGACAGAAAAGAUUACAUCAACAUAUUUGAGCCGGAAGGGGUGAAAAUCUUCCGGAUAUCCUCACCCAUCUUCUUCGCCAACAUCGAGUUCUUCAGGGGCAAGCUGGUGGAAGCCAUUGGGUUUAACCCUCUCAGGGUGCUGAGAAAGAGAAACAAGGCCCUGAGGAUGAUCCGGAAGCUUCUGAAGAAAGGAGACCUCCAGCUGACGUCUAAGGGCUACCUGAAUACCUCCUGUGGACCAAUCACAGAGUCAGAGGAUGAGAUGAACGUGGAGGAGCUGGACCAGCCCAUCGACUUCAAGGACCUUCCCAUCCGGAUCAACUGGAACGCCGAGCUUCCGGCCAACAUCUGUGUGCCCACAGUGGAGCUCCACAGCCUGAUCCUGGACUUCUCCGCUGUCUCCUUCCUGGACAUCUCCGCCCUGAAGGGACUUAAAACGGCACUGAAAGAGCUGAUUCGAGUUGAAGUUGAGGUCUACAUUGUGGCCUGUGAUAUGCACAUCCUGGAGAAACUACACCAAUGCAGCUUCUUCGACGACGAGGUUCAGCCAUCGAUGUUCUUCCUCACACUCCAUGACGCCAUGCUGCACAUCCUGGAGACACACCCCGAGGCAACCGAGAAGAAAUCACAGUGUGAAAAGGUUUUAACGACAGUCACAUUUCCACAUCCAAUCAAUGGCUGGAACAGUGUGAGGAUCAGAGACAAAACUGCUUCAGAACCAGAGACCAAGUUCUGACCCAGAACUUAAUGAUGACGUCAUCUUCGUCGUUGAAGACCCCCUAUGGCUACUAAUACCAGGAGCGCCAACUGCAAAAAAACAAAAACAAAAAAAUAACUUUUUUUUUAAACUUUUUCUGAUUCCAAAACAGCUUAUCGUGAAUUAUGAGAUAUUGUUUGAAAUCAAUGUAUCGGUAAAUCUGUAUUUGCACAUAUUUAUUUUCAGUUAGGAAUGACACUGUAACUUCAAAUUUUGCAUGGUAUUGUUGCAUUUUAUACUGUACAUAGUGAGUUUGUAGAGAAAGUCAGGCUGGAUAUACGUUUAACGUGUUUUAGUGCUUUCUUUUAGCGACAGCGGGAAAUACCUACACGUUUUUUUGGGGAUCUUGGAGAUAAUGUUUAAAAAAAGAGAAUAUGCACUGGCCUAAUAAAAAAAAAAACAU